AUGGUCCUUCGAAAGUGUACCAUAUGUGACCGCCGGUUCAAGAAGACGGAGCACUUCAAGCGUCAUGAGCGGUCUCGUCAGUCCCCCGCGUCCCGCAAAAAUCCAUGUUUGGAUGCUGACCUACAUAUAGACACCAAAGAGCGCCCCUACGAAUGCAACGUGUGUCACAAAAGCUUUUCGAGAAGUGAUGUCCUGAGUCGACACGCCAAAGGCCACAACCAAGCCGCGGCGACUGCAGGGGCAGCGAAAGCUUCGACGGCAGAGCAAGCUCAAAAUCGGCGCCCCUCCGCGAUAGCCGGCGCAUCGCCAAUGGUGGGCGGUCCUGAAAAUGGGACACCUCUUCUGCCCACUAUUGGCACGGAUCCGCAUCAAAUCCCCAAUCUUGCAACACCGCGCGAUAUGACGCUUUCAGCCACCGGAAUUCCCCCCUCGAGCUUGGAUUUCCUUGCAGAUAUCUCGGCGCAUCAUGGCCGAACAGAACCAGACAUCAAUUCGAUGCUCAUGGACGACCAGCAGCAGCAGUAUUUCGGCUGGAAUGAACCAACUCCCAUCGAUCAAACUCAACGGAAUGGCAUGGGUUUUGAAAGUGUGCCAAAUGAUAUGCUUCAGUUAUGGCUCGAGCCUCGCACGGACACGGGAUCCAAUCAUGGCUCGCUCGACAUGUUGCGUGAUACUCAUUUUCCCCUGAUGAGUGAGAGUAAUAUGGUGGUCACACCAGAUCAGCCAAAUCGCCAUUCUGUUGACGGCAACUUGGGUGGUGAUAACAUUCCCAUUGAGCGUUUCACCAAAGUCCAGCGCUACUGGCUUGCUCCCCCAAAUCACACAGGUCGUCUCAUGAAUAGCUUGUGGCGAGACAUUGUCUACGCGGACGUUGACAAUAUCUUCUCUCUUCAUUCCACCCAGGCCCCGCUUGACAGCGGUUUGCUUCAAGGAUCAAGAUGUGGUGUGGACGAGGACUGCAGACGACGUCUGCAAGCUGCGUUUGGUCAGACAUUCGCAUAUCCGCAAAUGCAGUCGCCGAGAAACGGUGCUGCCUCUCCUACUCCCACUGGCUCAGCUUCCACUCCUUUUCCAAGCUUUCCUCCUGCAGAGAUCUUAGAUAUGGCGUUAGAUCUAUACUUGCGCACUUUCCAUCCUCUCGUCCCAUUCGUCCACCUCCCGACCUUCUCUGCGAAGAGGACCCGCCUACCACUCCUCUACGUAAUGUGUCUAAUUGGUAUGAUGUUGCUGGGCACCAAAGGCACUGCCAACUUUGUGUCAAAGAAUUUUACAUUCGUCCUAGAAAAAAUUACAGCCGACUUGGCAAGGUGCACUAUGGGAGCUGAAUCGCCAGCGAGUGCCAUGUCAAUCUUUGCAACGGCUUUCUUGUUUCUAAAUUUAGCGGUUCUGACAGGAGAGAAAGCCCAUCUGGAACAGUGUCAGAUGCUGUACGUCAAUCUCAUGUCUAUCACUCAACGACAUGGGCUAUUUGCAGCGACUGAAGGGCAAAUUCUCGACAUGAGUUUAUUCGAGGCAGUGCCUGACAUCGACAUGAGAUGGAAGGCGUGGAGCAAAGUUGAAUCCGCAAAACGAGUCGUCAUCGGUCUCCUCCUUGUGGACUCCUGGUACUCCUCGCUUCUUUCAACGAGCCCAGUCAUUAUCCCAGACUCUGUCCAAAUCAUCAUACCCUGCAGCGAAGCCCUCUUCCGCGCUCACUCGUCGAUGCGAUGGACCCAGCUCAUCCGUAGCGGCAAGCGGAUUUUGAUGCCAACGGUGCUGGCACCUUCUGAGAACAUCAACAUCCCGACGCUUGAAGGGCCCAUGGAUGAAUUCUGCAUCCAAGCAGUACUGGCAAUGAUUCAACUUCGCCAGUCAGAGGCCUACCACCGCCUUCUCUCAAAUCGUGCAGGAUAUCCUUUCGCGCCCUGUCAUACGUACGCAAUGGACGGCCGUGCAAGGUGUCUCCCGUCACUCCAAUCAGAGAUUGCGACUAGCUACGGUGAAACGAUGGACCGGCUCAACCCCAAUGCUCUCAUCAUGUGGCAUCACAUGUGUAUGAUGCUUACAGCCGACAUCCAGAUCUUCGACUUCGCAGCAGGUCGUGCUGGGCCAGCUCCAGCUCGGAAAGCACUCGACGACAUCACCGAAUGGUCACAGACCCCCGCAGCCCGACGUGCCUGUCUUCAUGCGGCGCAAAUCUAUAAAGCCAUGACCAACCGCAAAGCCUCCGACCAUCCAACCUUCCACUCCGUCUUCUCCCUCUUCUCCGCGGCCCUCGUUCUGGGCCUUUACACAUUCAUGGUACCCAACUCGGCCGGCACGCCUUCCAGCGUCGGCUCGAUCGAGCUCCUGGACGAGGUUGAUUGGCAGCAGGUUGGCACUGAAGGCUUCACGAGCUUCAUGGAACCAAGAGGCAGCCAAUCAUUUUCACCAACCGAUGACCCGGCCGUGAACUUCAUUCGCAAUGGCGCCACAGUCUACCUCCGUGGUGUACCUUUCCAGGGCGGAUACCAGUCUGCCAGGAGGAUCCUGCUGGACUACGCUAGUCUGCUUAAGGAUUCUGGGAAGUGGAGCGUCAAGAAGUUUUCUUACGUGCUGCACAUUAUGAGUGAUGUGCUGAUGGACGUGGAGUAA